AUGCCCAAGCGCUGGAACAUGGAGGCCCCGGAGCUGCUCCUGGUCUGGGUGCUGGCAGGCAGGGAGGAGCCACGGUGCUCAGCCCUGGCUCUAGCCCUGUCCCUGGCCACAGCCGUGGUCCCAGGGGAGUCGCAGGGCACCCUCCCUGACCACCACGUCCUCUCUGACCACCGCCUCUCCGCCGAGACCGGAGCUGUCUUUGUCCAUGAUCUGAAGCGGGAGCUGUUCCUGGAUGCCUUCCUCACCAGGAGCGAGGAUGAUGGUGCCACCCCCAUCACCUUCCAUGCUCACCUCCGGGACCACCCGGACCUUCCGCGGUGGCUGCGGUACAUCCAGCGCAACCCCCGCCAGCCAGGAUACCUCUAUGGUUGCCCCACGGCCACCGAGGUCGGCACCCACACCAUUGAGGUCCUGGCGUACAACCGGCUCACCUACGAGACGGUGGCUCAGCGCCUCCUCAUCACCGUCAUCCGCGCUUCACGUGGGGAGCUGCCGUUCCAAGGUGAGUUCCUGGUGGGUAACAGGAACGUGGAGGAGCUGCUGCCCAAGGCCGCGCGGGACAUCUUCCUGCAGGCCACGGCAGGCGUCUGGGAGCAGGAUGAUCUCCAAAUCAUCAACAUCACCUCGGCCCUGGACCGCGGCAGCCGCGUCCCGCUGCCCAUCGAGGGGCGCAAGGAGGGGGUCUAUGUGUCAGUGGGGUCCCACGGACCCUUCUCAGGGUGCCUGACAUCGGCUGCCUCGGCACAGAGCCACUUCCUCUGCAGCCUGGGCCAGCAGCCCCUCGCCUCCUGCUACGACACCUUCGCCCCCCACUUCUCCAUCUGCUGGUGCAACCUCACCCUGCUGCAGGUCUGGCCCAGCCCCACAGAGCCAGUGCCCAUGUGGGGUUCCGGGGUGCUGGAGGAGGGUGGGGAUUUCCAGCCCCCCACCGAGGUGCCCCCCCAGGACCUGCUGCCCGGGUUCCUGGUGACGCUGCUGGUGCCACUGGCAGUAGCUGCGCUGCUCUGCCUGCUCCUGGGACACCUCAUGUGCUGCCGCAGGGAGGGAGUGCAAAAACGGGAUUUGGAGACAUCUGAUGUCCAGCUGUUCCACCACGCCACGAUCCACGGUGACACGCAGGAGCUGAGGCACAUGGCCGGCAGCAGGGACGUCCCACGGCCCCUUUCCACCCUUCCCAUGUUCAAUGUCCGCACGGGACAGCGCAUCAACCCCCUGCCUAGAGGUGCGGAUGGAGCCCGUGUCCCGCUCCUCCCGCAGUGAUGCUGGGGUGAGGAGACACAACCUCAGGGACAGGGAUGGAUGAAGGGGUGUCAGGGUACUUUUGUGGGGACCUCGCAGUUGUCAUCUCCCUGGGGGUGUCCCCGCUGUGGGGUGGGUUUCAGCUGAUAAAGUGGCCAUUGAGAGAUGC